AUGAAUUUCCCCGCUGCUUUUCUCAAAAGGCCUGACAGCCAUAAACUGCGCUACGCUAUCCGCCAUAGCCGGAAAAGCAUUGCUUUGCGGGCAGCCUGCGUUCUGUCCGCUACAGUGGCACCGGAGCUGGCGAUCCUUGUUGGCCUUUGGUUGCUUCGUGCGGCAAGCGCCGCUGCUGUCCGCUGCGCCUCCGAGAUCCUUUUGCAUCUAAGGACACACUCCUUCCGGACUUCCUGCUGGGUGGCUUGCUACCUUCUCCUGGCAGAGAUCACUGCGGAGGAGGCUGGUUUCUACUUCACGAACGGCUACCUCAUUGUCGACUUUGCCAAAGGCACGAUGUCGGAUGAGAAGGAUGGCAAUGGUGGCGCUUGGUCCCGCGUACCCACGUGGGAUGGAUCGCCACAGUCGUGGCGAGCGUUCAAGCGGGAAAUGGCUUGGUGGUGUUCAGCUUUGGACCUCGCCUCAACCACCAAGUACAACCUAGCAGCUCGAUGGCUUCUACGCCAAAGUGGUGUGGUGAGGCAACGUGGAGAAGAAUUUACACCACAAGAGCUGCAGCAUCAGCCUGAGAUCACGGCCGAGGACCCGGUUUCCAAGGAGCAGGUUGUGAUCACGCCGGCCAAUCCUUUGGCCGGUAUUGAGAAGUUGAUGUCCGCCCUUGAGGAGAUCAACGGCAAGACAACGCUGGACAAGCGUGGAGAGCUGCGCAAUCAGUUCUAUCUUGAACUGCGCCGCCGGCCUGGAGAGAGGAUUGCUGAGUUCAGCACCAGGUUCAGGACGAUGGUUUCUGACCUUCGAACCGAAGGUGUGAAUCUCCCCUCUGGAGAAAAGCCUUUCUAUGGACCUCCCAAGCAGGCCAUGGUGUCUGAGGUGGAGAUCGAAGGUGAUCCUGAAGAUGAUGAUGAGCUGGUGGCCGAUGGUGGCGAUCAGCCUGCGACUUCAUUGGAUGAGGUCCUCCAGAUGGAAGCUGAAGGGCUAGCUCAAGAGCUGGAGGAGGCUGCUGAAUGUGGCUUGGACUCCGAUACCCUCCAGCAAGUUGAAGAGUCAGUUGAAGGUGCUGCGGAAGCUCUCCUCACCAUGAGGGAAGCCAAGGUCAAGUUGCAGGAGGUGAAGAAGGACCGUGGCUAUGGCCGAGCGACUCCGGCCGAUCAGAAGGGCAAGAUGAAUCCCAAGAAGCAGUCCUCGAAGCACCCAUGCUUUGACUGCGGACUCCCGGGGCACUGGGCCGGUGACCCUGAGUGUUCAAAGCCCGGUCAGGGCUUGGGCAGGAAGAACAAGCCGGUCAAGCAGGUGAAGGUCACCGAAGCUAUGAAUGUCGAAGUUGGACCACCUGCUGCAGAUCCCGGCAACGAAGUGCUGAUGGCUGGCACAGAAGGCCAUGAGGUCUUGGUGACUGGAACUUUUCCCAUGUCCAAUGAGUUCCUGGCAGCUUUUGAGCAAUCUCACCUCCAUCCACAAGAGGUGAAUGUCGCUGGCAAGCUCGCUGCUGACAAAAUGCUGGUCGGCGCUUUGGAUUCGGCAUGCAAUAGGACCUGCACUGGUACCGAGUGGUUGAACACCUACCUCCGUUGCCUUCGAACUGCCCCUCAACAUGUUCGAGAUUUGGUCAAGUCCCACAAGGAGUAUGAGACCUUUAAGUUUGGCAAUGGUGGCACCCAGGUCAGUGUUGCACGAUGGCGCCUCCCCAUGCAGCUGGAUGGAUCGGUGGUUUGUUUUUGGACUUCCUUAGUGCCGGUUCCUUCACUUGGUUUGCUUUUGGGAAGGGACUUCUUGGAGGCCAUUGGAGCUGACAUGCAUUUUGCCCACCGAACCCUUCGUUGCGAGACCAUCACCGGGAAGCCGAUCCCUUUGAAGCAAUUGGCUGCAGGUCGCUUCCUGCUGCCCCUGGCGCCUGGAGCCUGGCCAGGUGUGGAACCUCGGAGAUGGAAGAAGUUGGGUGUUGAUGGUGUUUUGGAGCUUCAAUUGAAUCCUGUUCAAUGGCUUAGCAAGAAGUUGUCCUUGUGCACCGCAUCCAUGAAGAGCAGGCCUCAUGACCACCUUCUCACGGAGAGCAGUGUCCAGUUUGGGCACCUGGUGUGUGCAGUUACCGAUGGAACCAUCCCCAAAAGAGUGCUCAAGAAGUGCCUGGAGGACAACCUCUUCACGAUGGUCAACCUCAGCGAAUGCCGUCACCUUCGAAACAGGCUCGGCUUGCGCACCUCAUUCAUCGAGGACCCAAUGCUCCUUGGCAUGAUGGCUGCCCAGACUCAGAAGGGCAUCACUUCCAAGCUUCGAGCCGCAGUUCAGAAGGAGGCAAAAGAGCUGGCUUCGAAGGCCGAGGCCGAUGGACGACGGGAGGAGGAAGCAAGGACUUUGAUCGGUCCUCGAGGAGGUCUGCCCUCUCUCAGAGCAGAUCUGGUGAAGUUGGCGGCGCUUCUGCAUGUCGAGCUUGGCGAGAAAGACUCAGUGGCCACGAUCAAAGAGAAGGUGAAACCGAUGAUUGCAGUGCUCAAGGCAAAACCUUCCGUGGCUCCUCGUCUUCAGCCCAAGACAGAAGAAGCCGCAUCAGCAAGCUCAUCAGUCACUCCUACGAGGCUCUUCAAGGACAAGCCCUCGGACAUGGCAGUUCAGCAGCAGGAGAUGCGCAUGAUGAUGGAGCAAAUGCAUCAGGAGAUGGUUCGUCUUCGAGCUCAGGUCGAGAACUCGGGCAUGGAGGUGGACACCGAGCCAAGUCUGGUUCCGGACUCUCCGGACUCGGGCUCUCCCGUGAACUUCACCGAGGAGGAGAUCAGAGAGCUGAAUGGGCAGGCAUACGACGAUCUCUACGGAUCCUCGAGGGACCUGAGCGAUGCCAAUGAGUUCAGGAUCCACCAGGAUGUCAAGAAGGGCCAAGCUCAGAUGAUUGCGCAGGCAUGGCUCCAACAUGAACAAGAUCGCAAGAAGGUGUCGCAAGCGCCCAAGCGCAUGAGAGAAAUGAUGAUUUGUGCUCAUGAGCAGGAGAUGUUGGACUUCAUGACUGAAGAAAUCUUUGUCCAGCCCUUUGAUCUGUCUCUUCCGUAUGACAAGGUUUCUGAUGGUUUUGAGGCCCUCCAGAAUGAGCACGUCCCAAGGAAUGUCUUGCUGACGAAGAAUGGCAAGCCUCCUGACAAGAAUGCGCCCCUCGUGUCCGAGAUCUACACGACUGCACAGAAUGUGAUGAAAGAAGCUGAGAGAAGAGGACACAAGGGCAAUGCAACCUUGGACCAGAGGAGAGCGGAUGGAAUGGUGUUGAUGGAAUUUGCCAUAGAAGUGGCAAAGCACCAGAUGGCAGGAGGUGAGUUGCACAAGAAGCCGACUCAAAUGGUGAGUUCAAGCCCAAGAGUGAUUGCUUUGUUGCAUGGCCUCCGUUGCAAGCGUGACCACAGCCAUGCUCCUGUUCUUGGCGGCUCCAAGAUCACCGCCCAUGCGGGCAUCUACCCGAAGCCUUUGGCACGCGCCUUGGUUUCUGGAAUCAUGGAGCAGUUCGACUUGGACUUCCAGCCCAAUGAGACGAUGGCAGCUCAGGUGGGAGAUGAGGAGGAUGGUGCUGGUGAUGGCCUGUUGGCCUUGGGAGAAGAGGUGAUUUCUGAAGAUGAAGAACUUGAUGGCCCAGUUGAUCCAAGCUUGAAGAUCACUCCUUCAUUGAAGAACGCCAUCAAGCGGCUGCAUGAAAACACUGGCCAUCGAAGCAACAAACGGUUGGCCAGAGCCCUAGCUGUUGCUGGAGCCCCUGUGGAGGCCAUUGCUGCUGCAAAAUCUCACAAGUGCUCGCUUUGUCAAGAGCGUGCUCAACCCAAGACAAGACGUCCUGCAGCACUGCCGACUCCAAAAGAUGUGUCCGAUCAGGUACACGUUGACUUGAUCGAGAUGGAGGACUGUGCUGAAAGGCGUUUCUACAUCGCCCAUGCCACGGACUUUGCAACCAGGUUCCAGGUGGCUGAAGUUUUGCCCAACAAGUCCUCCAAAGCGGUGAUCAACUUCCUGUCUUCCAGGUGGGUGGCCAUGUUUGGAGCACCGCGUGUUUUGGUGGCAGACCAGGGCAGAGAAUUUGUAAGUUGGGAGAUGGAAGAAUGGGCAAGCUCACAAGUUCCUACUCCUGGCACGAUAUGCUACUUCUAUCGUCCGUUGCGCUUCAACAACAAGACCAGCCCUAGUCGCAAGAGGCUCACGCUCAAACGAUGGCAUGGCCCUGCUCUUUUGGUGGCUACAGAAGGCCAUAGCAGUGCAUUUUUGUCCUACAAGGGCCAAUUGACAAAAGCUGCAAUGGAGCAUGUUCGUGUUGCCAGUGGCCUUGAACAGAUUGCCGCUGGAAGCUGGAGAGAUGCUAUUGAGGAAGUGGUUGAAGCAGCACAGCAUGACCUGACGUUGCGAGGCCUUCCAGAGGCAUUGCCGCCUGUUCCAGAGGACCCUCAAGAAGGUGAUGUACCUGUUCCUAUGACUCCGGCGCUUCGACCUCCGAUGGCUCCAAUUGCUCCUGAGCCAGGUGCUGAUUUGCCCCCUGUGCAACCUCGAGAGUUGGUUCAAGUUGCUCAACAAGCUCCUCCUCUACCUUCGGUGGUUGGUGACUCUGUUUUGCCUUCGAGGAGAAUGAGCGAUGUGUCUGGACCUGUCCCUGGUUCACCUGUGCCUGAGUUGAUUAGGCGCGCUGGCACUGGAAGCAUUUUGGCUCGUCAGAUUGCCCAAGCUCGUGAAGCCAGUGAAGAACUUGGUGGCGUGAAGCGCCCUGCUGAAGUUGGCACAGAAGAGUUGGCCGAUGAAGCACGUUCUCGUCCUUCCGCCCCUUCUGCCGCUCAUGAGUCUAUGACAGUGGCUUGCGAGAAGUCUGAGGCAUGUGAGAAGGCUGGAGAAGAUUUGAUGAAGCAGUUCAAUGAUCCCACGGAGCAUCCACUGCGUGUAAUAGCGGCAUUGGCUGAGAAAGAUAAACUACAACCUCUUGAUGCAGCAGUACAAGAUCAUGGCUCUUGGGGUGGACGUUGGCACCUCCCUUCCCGUUCGGAAUGGCAGCUGCAUCACAAGCUUGGUUGGUCUUGGCCUAAUGGGUCUACAGAAACUGAGGUGAUGUUGGCCAGUGCUGCGCACAAAGAGCUGAUGCAUGGGCAGGUUUGGGAAGACAACCAGGCCGUGGAGGUUCUCUCGAUCCCCGAGUCUGAGGCGAUUCGCAGCAGGCUUCGAAUGAACAAAGAAGUGGGGAAGAUUCUGACGCCUCGCUUUGUGUUCACAGACAAGCACAGUGGACUCCGUACUGCUGAGCGACCUCUACCGCUCAAGGCUCGAGCUCGCGUGGUGGUUCCUGGUUUUCGAGAUGUCCUUUCCUUUGCCAUUCGCAAAGAUGCUCCUACUGGUUCUCGCCUCAGCCAACACAUGCUCUUCAUUUUGACAGCCAGCAACAACAAGGCCGUCAAGGGUUGGGAGAGGUCCUCAUUGGACUAUGCUUGUUGGCUUUUGUGGUCCAACGACAAGACCACUCUGGAUGGAGUGAUCAUCUCUCACGUUGAUGAUCUUCUUCUAGGAGGAGGACCUCGAGCUCAAGCAUUGCUGCAAGAUUUGGGCAAGCUUCUUGGCUUUGGAAGUGUGGAGUAUGACGACUUCACCUACUGUGGCAAGAGGAUCCGACAGCAUGAAGAGGAUGGAUCAAUUUCCAUCUCUAUCUCUAUGGUUGAGUACCACUCCAACCUCAAGCCCGUGGCGAUCCCUAUGCCCGAUGAGGUGCUGGACUCCAUCCCGCUCGUGCAGAUCACCGAUGCCAAAGACCUGUACGACAAAGGGAAUUCAGACACGGCUACCUAUGGAGCCCAGAAGUCCUUGGGAUUCACCAUUGGUUGGGUGCGUGCCACUUUAGCUCGAGCAGCUACAUCCUUGAAGUGGACAAGUACAGACAACAUGUUUGUUGACUGCGGCACGAAGGAUAUGGAUGAGAGCUACCUCCAUCGCAUCCUUGCAGCUGGACGCUGGUGCUACACCUACAACCAGGAGUAUGUGAAGCAAGGCAAGUCUGGAAAGAAGCAGCUUCCUCUGAGUGCAACUGCAAAUGCUCUUGAUGGUGAGCCGCUGGACGUGUCCUUGCCGAUUGCGGCCUUCCUCCAGCAGCUGUCUGAGAGCCCGGGUUGGCACCACAAAGAUGGUGUUGUGACUCAUGUUGCCCACAAUGCCAGGUCCUUUAGGAACCCCAGUGGGAGAUACUCAAUUAACCAAUUUCCCCUCAGGACAACGUAUGCCAGAUACGAUUUGGAUUCAGGAAUCUCCUGUUGGCGAGUCCUGGAGGACCGUGUGAAGAUGUCCGAUUUGUCGAACAAGCAAGCGUUGCUUGGACAGCCUGCCCGCAUUUUGGUCACAGUAUUUUCGGCUUCCCAUGAACAAAGAAAGGAGAAGUCGCUGUGA